CAGAUGAACCAAAGUGCAAAUUUUUUGUGGAGGUUAUCAAGAUCCACUUAUUUACAUUCACAAUCUACAAAGGAUAAAGGUGUGAAAAAGAAACUUCUGUAUGAAUCUGUCAAGCUGGCAGAACGGGCCCUCUCAUUGGAUAAUAAUUGCCCUGACGCUCAUAAAUGGUAUGCCAUCACGCUCGGAAGCACCAACGACUACGAAAGUUCUACCAACAAAAUAAAGAAUGGUUACUUAUUCAAGGAGCACAUCGAAAUGUCCAUCAGUUUAAAUCCUACUGAUCCAGCUAACCACUAUCUUCUUGGUAGAUGGUGUUAUGGGGUGUGCAUGUUGUCGUGGAUGGAAAGAAAAAUUGCCAGCAGUUUAUUUGCAAGUCCACCAGUUUCCACAAUCGAUGAAAGUCUGAAUCAUUUUUUGCAAGUGUGUCAUCUUUCUCUGCUUUUCAUAACAAUUUUAAGACCAAUUUUCUAUUUGAAAAAUAUGGACUAA